CGGGGGCGGGGGGCACGGCAGUGGCCAUCAACGAGGCUUCGAAUCCCGCUCCCCGCACACCUCGACGAGACUUUGUUUGCUCCCCUCCCUCCGCUGCUCGCCCCUCGUGCCCCCGAAUUGCACGCCGUCCACCUCUCGCUUCCAGAGCGCCCGCCGCAAGGCUUCCUCUCAGGCAUUGACUGACUGUCCAGUGUUGGCCCUGUGGUCGAAUUUGUGUGCGUGCCGCUGCUGCUCUAGGUCUUGCCAGCCUGCUGCGGUGCCAAUCUCGCUGCAUUCCAUGGGAGUGCUUGCGGUCAUUGGUUGCAAGCAGGCAAGCAGGGGAGAGAGAUCGCUGCGGUGCUUGCCAAUCUUCUUUCCGUCUCUGCUGCCGACUUCAAAGAUUUCACAAGUAUCCGGAAACCUUUCCGUCCUCACCGGGUGGCACCGUCCUUGACAGUGGAGUUUCAAGCAUGAUGUUUGAAGGCCUACCUGCUGUGACCUGCAUCCUUAUAUGUCCACCACUUUGAGUAUUACAACGUUCCAUGGCUCAAUUAUUUUCUCUUUCACAACUGUCAUUGUAACCUUUCUUCGGCGAAACUCAGCAUGCUGAUGGAGUCUUCCUUGCCAACGGUUUUUCUGGCCCGUAAUGAGAGUAAGCCAACAGUAGCUGCAAGAGAUGGCAAGCAUGCAAAUCCAACUUCAAGUAAGGUUCUCAAACCUAAGCAGGGUGUUAUCAAGAAAUCGCCGGACUUGGUCCACAAAGGUUCGACGCCGAGCCAAACUAAAGUUGUCCCUGUGAGGAGAAGUGCAACCAAAUUACCGCAACAUGCAACUGAAAGGGUUCAAUCUGGUGGACCAGAUAGGCCUAGAAAGAGCACAACUGAGAAGCCGAGGAUUACUUCUACCGCAAACAGUAGGAACAAGGAGAAGCAAGAAAUGGAGGCUCUUGUAAGGAAGUUAUCGACUCCCACUCUCGGUGCUCAGCGUCCCUCAGCGAUGCAAGCACAUGUAAGUGUUGAAGCAAAACCUCCAGCAAGGGUUAAUGACAAGAUUCCAGAUGUUAAGUCAGUUCCUUCAAAAAGUGAUGCAAAAGAGCUGGCUUCCCCGCUUGAAUCUGUGAGUCCCAAGGUGGAAGUUCCCCGCCACAGUCUCCAAGAAUCUCUAUCUCCUACUCAGGAAGUUUCGGCUGCGCGGAAAAGCAGGAAUGCGACUCCCGUCAGGAGGGAAAGCAGCACUAAUGUCAGUGAUGCUGAAAGUGAAGAUGCUGGUACAAAUGUAGCAGGAACACCAUCUAAAGUCAUGCCCUUGAUGACAGUGGCUGCAGUUGAUGCUAUGAUGAACGACGAAUUACAGAAUUCCAACUUGUAUCUAGGUCCUUAUUUAAUCAAACUGACUAAGUUGUAUUCUAUGGAAGAAGAUCAAUCCAAAGCAGUUGAGUACGGUGUUAGAGCUGUUAAAUUCUAUGAGAAGCAAGCUGAUAAUAGGCAGCCUAGUUUGGAAUUCGUUGCUAGUCUUCAGAUAUUGGCAGCAUUACAUGGUAGGCUGGGUAACUUUGAUGAAGCCAUACAUUUGCUGGAAAGGUCGGUGGUCAUUCCAGUUACUGGUGACAACGAGGAUCACGCUUUGGCAAAGUUUUCCGGUUACAUGCAACUUGGGGAUUCAUAUAAUCUUCUUGGAAAGCAGCGUCCUGCAUUGGAUUCAUAUCAUCGUGCUCUCAGGGUGCAGAAGGCAAUGCUUGGAGAAAUGGAUCCUCGAGUUGGUGAAACAUGUCACUACAUAGCUGAAGCCCACUUACAGGCAUUGGAUUUUGACAAAGCUGAGGCGUUAUGUGAACAUGCGCUCUCCAUUCAUAAAGAACAUGGCGAGGAAGUUUCCUUGGAAGAAGCAGCAGAUAGGCGCCUUCUGGCGCUAGUCCUGAGUGCAAAAGGGGAAAAUGAGAAGUCAUUAGAUAAUUUGACGGUUGCCUUGUCCAUCCUAUUAGAGAACAAUUUGGAGCUCGAUGCAGCUGCAGUGAAUCUUAACAUUGGUGAUGAACUACUUGCGCUCGGUCGAGAUGUUGAGUCAGUAAAUGCAUACCAGAAAGCUAUUGCGAUGUUUAAGGCUAUUAAAGGCGACAAUCACACACUGGUGGCUGGGUGUUAUGUCAGUCUUGCUGAGCUCUACAUGAAGACCAGCAAGGUCCGUGAGGCCAAGUCAUUUUGCGAAAAUGCUCUACACAUAUAUGGGAAGCAGGGAGCUGGAAAUAAUCCCAAUGAUAUCGCAAGUGGACUGGCUGAUGUUGCAUCUGUUUACGAGGUUAUGAAUGAGAAGGAAACAGCUAUUUUGCUCCUCCAGCGGGCCCUCGCCAUUCAAAAGUCUCUUCCAGGUCAGCAAGCUGCAAUGGGUGGUAUUGAAGCUCAAAUGGGAUUAUUAUAUUACAUGAUGGAGAGGUUUGAGCCUGCCUUGGACACCUUCAAGAGUGCAAUUUGCAAGCUAAGGGAUGGAGGUCUAGAAAAGACGCCGUUAUUGGGCAUGCUCUUGAACCAAAUGGGCAUAGUAUGCAUAGAGCUUGGCGACAUAGAGCACGCCGCUGAGUUAUUUGAAAACUCUAGGAGUAUAUUAGAGGACACCUACGGUCCCUAUCAUUUGGACACAUUAGAUGUGUGCACCAACCUUGCGGGCAGCUACGAUGCACUCGGAAGAUUGGAUGAAGCUACUCAGCUUUUGGAGGAUAUUGUACAAGCAAAGGAGGAUAAGAUGGGUACAGUUCAUCCAGACGUGCAUGACGAUCGUGAACGGCUGCAAGAGUUGCUGAAGGAUGUCGGGCGGACCUACACACCUAAAUCACGCAGACUCGAAGAAUUGCUCUUAACUGCUAGGAAGGAGAAUCGUAAAAGAUGAGGACCCUUGAGCCUGGUCUAGUUUUCAAUGUUGCAACCUGCAUUAAGUGUGAUGAUGUGUGUCCAUGUUUCCAGAUAGUACUACUACUAUUUCUGCAGGGAAACCACCUCAUCCCCCCCCCCUGUGUUUUACAACUGUAGAACCAUGUAUGAUGUCGUCGAGCGAAAGCAAACCUCCCAGCCUGACUGGCGUAUUUAGGAUCUAUUUGUCUGGCUUACAAAGUCAAAAGUGUGUAAGACGGUGGUUUAAGUCAGGAAUGCACCCCAUAUACUCUAAGGCCCCGAUAUUCUGUAGAUGAUGAUUUAUUACUCGUAUAUUUUGUAACACGUAAUAUUCCAAUUACAUUUUAUUCUCUUAAUGAAAAAGCUUCAUUACAACA